AUGCAGCUUCUCUUCACCAGCAUGGAGAUCCAAGUCCCCAAAAAGGUGGUGAAGCAGGAGGCCAAGUAUGCCAAGAAGUUCCUAGUGUUGAUCAAACGGAAGUUGAACAGAGGCCAGAUUCCUCAUGACUUGAACUUCCGCAGGUUGCUUGCACUUCUCGAACCUGACAAUGGCGAAGAUGAUUCCGACGAGUCUGAGAUGAUGGCCGGCAACAGCUCUGAUGAGGAUGAUGACUCUCCUACACUCCCUGCUGCGCCUUCCAGCGAACUCCCUGCUGUGCCUGCCAGCGAACUCCCUGCUGCGUCUGCCAGCCCAGUCCAUGAACCUGAACCUGGGAGCCCCGUUCCUGACCCGGCCAUUGUGUUGUUGUCAUCGCAAGAGGACCCUGAAGAUGAUCAUGAUGAUGCGGGAGCCGCCAUGACGGACCCAGUUCUGAGAGAUGAAGGACCUGAGGAUGGUGAAGAUAUGGAGCCCAAGAAGAAUGUGAUCGAGGACGAGCAGGGCCCCAGCAGUGGUUCCAAUGGAGACUCUACGGUGCCUCCCCCCUUUGAUGCAGUGGUGGAAAAGAAGCAUGUUUUUGAGGAUGACAAGACCGAGGACACCAAUGCCAAGAUCAAGGCUUUGCAGAAAAUGCUGGCUGACGCGAAGAAGCUUCAAACAGCAAAGAAAGCGCAGAAGAGUCUUCCCAAAUCUGCAGGUGAAAGCACCGAAAGGGUGGUGACUGUGUUUGACUCGCUGCCCUUUGGGGAUGACACUGCUGAGACCCAAAUUGCCCCGGAGUUGUGCGCUGAUGCUGCUCAGAGGUUCUACGACAUCGACCCCCCAAUUGCUGAGUUUGAUUCUUCAAGUGUCGUACUUCGGCGCCAGCAGUUCCAGGUCAAGCACGGCGAUGGGGAUCAAGAGGUUUCGGAGCCGACCGCAGCCGGGAAGGAGGAGGAGCAUCCGAACCCAGAGGAUGACAAGAAGGAGGAUGAGGGAGAGAACACAUCAGAGGAGCAGGAUCCGGGCCAGGCUGAUGCCUUGGCGGAGAUUGCUGCCAAAAGGGCUGCAGGUACUGAGGGUGAGGAGACUCCACCUAGUGCUGGAUCAAAGAAACUGACAGCUGAAGCAGAGACUGAGGGUGAGGGCAAGGAUCCGAAGGAGGAAGUGGCUCGGGGAGAUGGGGGGAUUGAACCUGAGGAGCCUACGGUGGAGCCUAUGGGGAAGCCCAAGGAUGAGCCUACGGAGAAGCCUUCAAAAAAGAGAAAGUCCAAAGGCACGGAGAAUGGCACCAACAAUCCAAACCCCAAGGGACCAGCCUCGAAGCGAAGCUCUGAGGAUGCAGAGAAGGAGGACACAAAGCCCCGGAAGAGAAACCCACGUGCCAUGCCUGAGACCUUUGCCCGAAGACGUUGUCCCAACACGCUGAUCGGAGAGCACAAGUUCCAUGCCAUCAGGUCUGUGUUCACGGAUGACAUCAAGCCGCUGUUGACGAAGUAUUCCCACCACGAGGACCAGUUCUGGCGCUUCUGCAAUGCUGAGUGGGCCGAUAAGGAAAUUACCCCUGACACUGUUCAUGCGCUGGCCAAAGAGGCUGCGCGCAAGUAUGUGGCAGGGAAUAUCGCGUGGUUUGAUCUCAACACCUGUCCUGUGCUGGAGGUGCUAUUGGGCUGCAUCGUAUUGCUGGCCCUGAACAGCCGGAUCGAAGUUUUGAAUGAGGCUUAUGACUUUGUAGAAAUUUUUGCAGGGCAUGCUUGGGUGAGCCGCUGCAUGCGAAAUCGUGGAAAGAAAACCGCUAGCCUGGAUAUUAACCUGAACCAGGAUGAGAACUUAAAUUCACCAGAAUGGAAAUCGGAUCCCUGGAACAUGCUUAAUGAAUCGGGCUUUGCGUUAGCCUUAUCUACAGUGCUUUGCUGCAAAUGGGGUGAAGCUCUCGUCCUCUUGGGAUUGGAUUGCCGCAGCUUCUGCUCCAUGAAUGCUGGCACUCACCAGCGUGCACCGUGGAGACCAUUGGGAAAUGAGGAAUAUCCCUCAGUUCAAAUGGGUAAUCUACUUUGCUCAAGGACCUGCCUUCUCAUCUACGUCAUAGUAGCGAUGUCCAACACCUUCUUCCUGGAGCAGCCCCGUGGGAGCUAUCUCCCUUGGCAUCCCCGGGUGAUGGAAGUGUUCCGACGACUACCCCAGGUGUAUACCACGAGUUGGUGGAUGGGAUUAUUCAAGUCCCUUACGCCCAAACGCCACAUUGGAUGGAGCAAUUCGUGGGCAAUAUCCCUCAUUGAUGGGGGGCGCUUAUCCCGGGCACGUGCCAAACAGUAUGGGCUCCACCUCGCAAAAUCAGCUAUUUCCUACGAGAAGGGGGGCAAGAAGAAGUACCAAGGAACAUCCCUUUUGAAAUCUACCGGGACUUAUCCUCCAUUGUUCGGUCGCAAGUUGACCCGGCUGCACCGUCUUUUUUGCAGAAGAAAGUAUGACAAAUUUCCCGAAUCAAACCGAAAUGGGCAGCAUUUGCUUGUCUGGUUUACUUCCUUGGAUUGGGGAGACUUGUGGGAUGAUGCUCAAAUGUAUGAUGUGAUGAGCUGGCUUCGAGGAAGCCGGUUCCUAGAUCUCCAAGACUGGAGGGAAGCAUUCCCGAGAAAAUUGUAG